AUGGAUGCUGUGUUCCAGAGGCCUGUCAUGGGGUCCAACGCCACAGUGUCCGCGGCCCCCGGCGCAAACCUAACGGACCCAAUGGAGCUGUUCCUCGGCUUGCAGCUGCUGCUAAGCUAUCGCCCCCUGCUGCUGCCUCUCUACUGCCUCCUGGUGGCGGUGGCGUGCGUGGGAAACGCCGUCCUGCUGGCGUGCAUCAUGGCCGACCGCAAGCUCCACAACGCCACCAACUUCUUCAUCGGCAACCUGGCGGCCGGCGACCUGCUCAUGUGCCUGUGCUGCGUGCCGCUGACGGCGUCCUACGCCUUCGAGCCGCGCGGCUGGCUGUUCGGCCGGGCGCUCUGCCACCUGGUCCCCUUGCUGCAGACGGCCACCGUGUUCGUGUCCGUGCUCUCCCUGACCGCCAUCGCCGUGGACCGCUACGUGGUGGUCGUCCACCCGGUGCGCCGGCGCAUCUCCCUGAGGGGCUGCGCCGGCGUGGCGGGGGGCCUGUGGCUGCUGUCGCUGCUGCUGGCGGCGCCGCCGUCGCUGCGCACCAGCUUCGUGGACCUGCGCCCGCGGGGCCUGGACCUGGUGGUGUGCGAGGAGUUCUGGCAGGACUGGGGCCGGCUCAGGCUGCUGUACUCGUGCUUCGUGCUGACGGCGUCCUACCUGCUCCCCCUGCUGUCGGUGAGCGCGGCCUACUGCGGCAUCACCAGCCGCCUGCGCCGACGCCGCCUGCCCGGGGGGGCGCCCUCGAGCAGCCUGCAGCGCUGGAACAGGAAGAGGAAGAAGACCUUCUUCCUGCUGGUGCUCGCCGUGGUCGCCUUCGCCUUCUGCUGGCUGCCGUUGCAGGUGCUCAACCUGUUGCUGGACGUGGACCCAGACUUCCACCUGGUGGGCAAGCGCUACGUCAACCUGCUGCAGGUGUGCUGCCACCUGCUGGCCAUGAGCUCCGCCUGCUUCAACCCCUUCAUCUACGCCUCGCUGCACAGCAAGCUCCGCGUGCGCCUCCGCGACUACCUGAGGCGCCGCGGCCAGCGCCACCGCGGCCUGCUCUCCCAGCACGGCGUCCCACCAGCACCACAACCACACCUGCCUCAGCACGGGAUCUCAGCUGAGGGUGUUGUCAUUACAACUGAUGUGCCCAAGUCACAGCCUCUAGUCCGCCGCUGA